AAUGCUAAAGAGCUAAAGGAAAAGUUAGAUAAACUACCAGGAGAGAACACGCCUUUUCACAUCGCUGCCUCUACUCUGACACCCCUAAAUAAACAGAAGCAGAUGGUGAGGAGUCAGUUGGAAAAUCAGCGAGCAAAGCAACAGGAAACUCUUCCAUCUGGUUUCACAUGAGGCUCCUGAUCAGGUGCGCAGAGAAAGUCCGGCUUCCUGCGGUCCGCCCGGCUGGCUGAGCUGCUGCUGAGUGGGCGGAUGGAGAGGAGGAGGAAGAUCCUUCACCCCAGGGACCCCUCUGAGGAAGAGGAGGAGGAGGAGGCCACGUCUUCCUCACCCUUCCAGUGUGAUGGUGUGUUGGAUCACACAUGUAUCAUUAGGCAUCAUUAAGCUCAAAUUAUACAGAGGAGCAGAAAGACAGAUGCUGCUGUUGGCACAUUAUUUUACUCUGCCCCCCCCCCACACACACACACACACACACACACACACACACAGCCUGAGGAGGAAGAGGAUGGGGCCGGGGGGAGGGGGGGAUCUAAUACAUGUGUGAUUAAAGGAAGAGCUUCAUCGCUGUUGACAUUGCAGAUGAAUGUGAAGCUGAGCGACGAAGUAUUAGAAAUAUCAGAAUCUGGAGCAGCGAGGCGCAAACAGGAGGAGUGGAUCAGUCACAGGGAGUCCUCCUCUUCCUCCUCCUCUUUCUCCUGCUCGCUGCUCGUCUCUCCACCUGUUAGUGCAGACCCUCCGUCUUGUUUGUGCAGGAAUCUCCUCCACUCCCACAAUCAAAGACUCUAUGACGGUGCAGAGAGGAAAGAAGCUCAGCAUGUCCAUCCAGGAACACAUGGCCAUAGACGUCUGUCCUGGUCCCAUCAGACCCAUCCGGCAGAUCUCUGCCUACUUCCCCCGCCUCUCCCCCACCUCCCACACUCCUGCCUCCCCUAACCCCUCCUCCUCCCCGGUGGCCCUCAGCCCCCCCGCUGCGGCGGCGCCGGAGGGCGGGGCCAACCUGCUGUCGCCGCUGCGGGCCCAGUGGGGGUGGGGCGGGUCGUCGUCCCAGAACAGCAGUGUGGAAACGUCGGUGGACAUCAACAGCGAGGACAGCGACGACAGCACCGCUCUGGGAACGCUGGAGUUCGAGCUGCGCUACGAUGCGAGCUGCAGCGAGCUGCACUGCACCGUGCUGCGGGCCAAGGGUCUGAAGCCCAUGGACUUCAACGGUUUAGCUGACCCCUACGUCAAGCUUCACCUGCUGCCUGGAGCCAGCAAGGCCAACAAGCUGAAGACGAAGACGAUCAGAAACUCCCUGAAUCCCAUCUGGAAUGAGACGCUCACCUACUGUGGGAUCACAGAGGAGGACCUGCACAGGAAGACGCUCAGGUUGACCGUCUGUGAUGAGGACAAGUUGACUCAUAACGAGUUGAUCGGAGAGUCCCGGGUUCCCCUGAAGCGGGUCAAACCGGACCAGUCCAAACAUUUCCACACCUGCCUGGAGCAUCCGCCGCCGCUGCCGUCCCCCACCGCCAUGGGAGAAGCUCUGAGAGGAAUAUCCUGCUACCUGAGAGAGUGGGAGAACGAGCAGCUGCACAGCCUGGAGGAGCGAGGUCGUCUGCUGCUCUCGCUGCAGUUCCUGCCCUCCGCCUGUCUGGAUGGCGCUGAUGGAGGUGAAGGGCGGCUCUGCGGCGCCCUCUGUGUCGGUGUGAGGCGCUGCGCUCACCUGGCGGCCAUGGACGUCAACGGAUUCUCUGACCCCUACGUCAAAAUAUACCUGAAGCCCGACAUCCAGAAGAAAUCCAAACACAAAACCGCCGUGAUGAAGAAGACCCUGAACCCAGAGUUCAACCAGGAGUUUUCCUACGACGUCUCGCUGUCGGAGUUGGCCAAGAAGACUCUGGAGGUGACGGUGUGGGACCAUGACCUGGGACGGUCCAAUGACUUCAUUGGUGGCGUGUUCCUGAGCUGCCGCUCUCAGGGCGACGCCCUUCGCCACUGGAUGGACUGCCUGAAGAACAAAGGUCAGCGGGUGGAGCGCUGGCACAUCCUGACCAAUGAGCUGCCGCGGAGCUCCAGCCACAACUAACGCCGCCACUGUGCGGUCGGCGUGACGGCGCCUGAGGUCGGCGCACCUCCGUCUCUGAUCAUCUGGAAACGUUUCGGUCGCUGAUCGCCUCAGAGACUGCAGCAUGUUUACAGGAUCUGGGCGAUCCGCCCCGUCUUGGAUCGACGCUUCACUCUCUGCAUGAAGCCAUUAUUAUUAUUACUGAUUAUUGAUUAUUGGUCGUAUCAUUUGUGAAGUCUUGCAUUUCGGAGCCUCUAAAGUCCCACAGCAGCGUUAGACACAGUCAAUGGAGGUCGGCGACCUUUGACCUUUGCCCCGGUGAUGGACCACCGUCAUGUGGUCCUUGAGGCUCCGCCCCUUUAUGGAGGAGAGGCUCCUCCCACUGUCUGACGGUCCGGUACCGGUCCAGUUCCAGGAGCUUCCAGAGUUGUGAAAAACUCGGUGAAAACUGAGUAAAAGUUAGCAACUAGAGAUUAUUGAUAGUCCAGAUUACUUAUAAUCCAGGUUACUUAUAAUCCAGGUUACUGAUAGUCCAGCUGGCUCUUCAGGGUUCCGUGGUUCUUGUUUGGUCCAGAUGAUAUUUUUUUCAGGAUGGUGUCAAAGGUCAGCUGUUCCCUGGAAUCCAGACAGAAAAACAAUCCGGUGGAUCGGAAUCGUUUGGCUCCAUCAGGAUGACGGGAACAGCCGGGGAACGGGCAUCAAAGUUCAGCUCAACGAUCCAUCACAGAGCCAAACAUGUCGAUGUUAUUUCCUGUAGUUCUGAAGGUUCUGAUGGUUCUGGUGGUUCACAUGGAAACCCAACGUCAGAUUAUUAAAUCCGAUUUUAGCCAGAAAUAUUGGGUUCUGUCUCAAAAUUACUGCAUCAAUGCAGCGUAGCAUGGAGACCGGCCUGAGGUUCUGAUGAGGGUCUGAUGAGGUUCUGAUGAGGGUCUGAUGAGGGUCUGAUGAGGGUCUGAUGAGGUUCUGAUGAGGGUCUGAUGAGGGUCUGAUGAGGCUGAGGGAACCUCCUGCAACCUGGUUCUGGUUCUGGUUCUGGUUCAUAGCUGCUGUCAUCUCUGGUACUUUCCGAGUCGGUUAAUGUUAGUUUUCGUUCUGUGAUCCAGAAUCAUCAAACGGAUCAGAACUGUGACGACUUUACUUUGACAGUAGAAAUAUAUUAUUUAACUAUUGGUUAAUUUUUUAAUUGAUUUUUAUUUUUGGACCGAAAUAAUUGACAUUUUUAGAAGAUAAAAAUUCAUCAGAGAAACAAAAAAAUCAGGGACGGCUGGUAUAAAUGAGCUACACCCUGACAUUUUAGGACUACGUAAAAUUAAAUACAUUUAAUUUUGUUAAAUUUUCAACAAACCUGGUGUCAAACCGCCUGGGAAAAUCCCGGGUCUCUCCGGAGGGCCAACAGCCCCACUCAGCUAACUGUCAGGCUCAGAGUGAUUGACAGGCGUCUAGCCACGCCCCCUCAGCCGCGGCCACAGGAUUCAACCAAUCAGAACGGACUUGCCUCCGUCUUGUGUGGGCGUGGUUUAGCGUAAACCGAGAAGGGACGAUGGGCAGCAAUAUUAGCAUGAAGGAGGCGGAUUAUUUAGCCUUUCUGCGUCCCAGAAAAGAGUGAGUUUCUCUUUAAAUAAGGCAGACCUCAUUUAAAAACAUGUUGUAUCUUGUUUGAUUUUAUCAGUGUGAUUGUGUCCAGGAAUAUUGUGGAAUUAAUCUGGACAACUGCAGAGGAUUCAAUGACAUGUAGGAAAUAUCAGUACGAAGGAUCAAGGCGGGAGACAGACACAAAACCAACUUAUGACGGAAUGAGCAACCUACAAUGAAGAAUGAACUUAUUUUAAGAAACAAAACUAAUUGGACAGUAAAAUAAAUGAAUUAAUAAAUUCGGUGUCUCUCACAAAUAGCAGGGUUUCGUAUUUUUCAAGUUUGAUGCUUCUCUUAUUGGAAUAUAUAUAUAUAAUAAUUC